CUCCCUCUUCUUUCCUUUUCCUUUUCUCUUUCUCUUUCUCUUUUUCUCUGCAUCAUAAAGCAAGCAAGCACACAACUUCAACAAUGGCCUCCCCUUCAUUGGCUCCCUUCCAUUAACUCACCCCCAUUUCUUUCUCUCUUCACCAAAACAUUUCUUAAUUCUUAUCGUCUAACUAACUGCAUACACUCACACUCACACACGUACUUGUACGGAUCACUUAUCAAGUUCGAUUGAAAGCUGUAUGUAUGUAAUUUGUAAACAUCCCAAUGGCAUAUUUGUAUUUAUUUAGCUGGAUUGAUUGAUUUUUGGCUGAAAAUGGCGUCUGAGCAGCAUAGAUUACUGCUUCAUCCACAACAUCAACCACCUUCUUCGCGGAGGAAAAGAUGGGGUGGUUGUUUAAGUGGGUUAUCAUGUUUCGGGUUACAAAAGGGCGGAAAACGGGUUGUGCCUGCGUCUCGUAUGCCUGAGACUGUUGCGACAGCGAACCAGCAAAACGGGCCUCAAGCUGUCGGGCUGACAAACCCAAGUAACGCGGUUCAUCCGUCGUUAUUAGCUCCACCGUCUUCACCCGCAUCGUUUUCACAAUCGGCUCUUCAAUCUACAGCCCAAUCACCAAAUUGUUUCUUAUCUGCAAGCUCACCCGGAGGCCCAUCAAUGUUUGCUACCGGCCCAUACGCUCACGAGACCCAACUCGUAUCACCACCCGUGUUCUCAACCUUCACCACCGAGCCGUCAACGGCUCCACUCACACCACCACCCGAGCUAGCCCACCUGACCACACCCUCGUCCCCUGAUGUCCCGUAUGCACAGUUCCUUUCGUCUACUUUAAAACUUAAAAAUGAUCAUAAAACAAACGAUCUUCAAGCAACGUAUUCUUUAUACCCCGGAAGUCCGGCGAGUACGCUUAGAUCACCGAUAUCACGCGCAUCAAAUGAUGGUCUGUCAUCAUCUUUCCCUGAACGGGAUUUCAGCCCGCAAUGGAAUUAUUCGCAAGAAAAAGGGUCAGACUCCAAGUUACCUCAAGACGCUAAUUUCUUCUGCCCGGAAACAUUUGCGCAGUUUUAUUACGAUCAAUCUUCGUUUCCUCAAACUGGUGGGAGGUUGAGUGUGUCGAAGGAAUCAGAUGGGUAUUCCAAUGCUGGAAAUGGGGUUCAAAGCAGGCAGAGUAAAGUUUGCAAACAAGACAUUGAAGAACUAGAAGCGUAUAGAGCUUCGUUUGGGUUUAGUGCUGAUGAAAUUGUUUCCACGCCUCAUUAUGUUGAGAUUUCUGAUGUUGCGGAUGACUCGUUUUCCAUGAUACCCGCUGGGCUCAAUAAGCUGCCCGAGAUCAAAACUGUACUCCCAAAUGAAGCGCCAAGCCCGCAAAGUUGUCGAGCGGAGGCAAUUCACUCUAGCAAGAGUGACCCGACUUCAUGUCAUGCUGUAAAAGAUGUGAGAGAGCCUGUUGACCAUUGUUUGACGGACGAUGAAGACAUAUUCUCGAAGAUGGGUGGUUCAAGAAUGAACGUGAAGUAUCAUAUGGGUAUGGGGCAAUCAAAUUCGGAUGCAGAAAUCGAUUACAGAAGAGGGAGAAGCUUAAGAGAGAGCAGAAAAUGGCCAUGAAAUUAGAGAGGAGAAUUGAAUUGCAUAGUUGUUUCUUGUAUGUAUUAAUGUGCUAUAUUUCUUUCCUCCAGUUUGGAUCCUAAUGCUUGUGCUGUCUUGUCUAUUAUGUUGUUUCUUUUAUGGUGUAACUAUUAUGUAUCUGGUGAAUGUCCAUUUGGUAAUACAAAUGAGAUGGUUGUGUGAAAAAAAUAGGAUAUUGAGUUUAA